UGUGGACUGGACAACCUAGUGCUAAUCAUUGGAUGCGCAUUCACUUAUUUUACACGGAAAAAACACGGAGAGUAAAGUGUCUAAGGGAGGGGUCAGAGGUCAAAAGUGAUGACCUCACCCUCAUAGAUAUUGAACUCACCGCCUCUUGAGGACCCUAUCAAUAAUGCUGAUGACAUGCAGGAUGAAGUCAGAUAUGAAAAAGAUCAGCCUGAUACUGGGAGCCUGGACCAGUUCUUUGCUGAUCAAGAAAUAGCCAGCCCAACUCAGUCAAUAGCGGYUGAACYGGAGGGAGAGAUGCAGGAGGCUGAUCUGAAGUCAGCUGAACCAACCCAGUCACUCGAGGCUGAAAUAGAGAGUAGGAUGCAGGCUGAUCUAGAGACACCCGGCCCAUCCCAUGUACAGGAGCCACACCAGACUUCUCUACUCAACUCUGGAGACCUGGAACUGGAGGAUACUAAUGUUACCUUCACCACCACGCCCACAGCCCCCCAGGCUGCAACGUCCCAGAACAGCCUUGUAAGGCUGCAAAGAAGCUCCCCAGACCUCUCCACCUUUGUGCAGGACAUGACUGACAACCACUGGAGUCUGUUGAGUGAGAAUAUGCGUGCCAAGUUAACUAGAGAUGAGUUUACUGCCAAGUGCAUGGACAUUGUCACAUGGGUGAAGAAGAUCAAAUCGACAGUUGUGGUUCCCGCCCUUGACCUCACCAUGCAGAUAGAGCUGGCUGAGUUGCCAGGCUCUCCUGGAUCAGGAAGUGAGGAGGCGGCAGUCCAUGACCUCUUUGCUGAGUGA